AUGGCGUCCUUGUUCAGGAGUGGACCUUCACGCAGGAAAUCUGAAGUUUCUAGUAAGCUUCGCAUUCAGUUCAAAGAGAAGGCUUCAAAAGCCCACAAUGACAGUGAUGUAGAAGAAAUUGGUGAUGAUGGCAGUGGGAAUGAUGAUGAUGAUGAGAAUUUGCCAGUAGUGUUUGGCAAUGGAGUUUCUGAUAAUCUGUCAGAAGGUACAUCGGUGGGCCAUCCGGAAGCUGCUGAGGACACUCAUGGGAAGAAAAAACGUAGGUUUGCUUUCUCCCCAGCACGGAUUGACACUGCGGUACUGAACAGUGUGUCCUGCUCGGCUUGUGGCCGUCAGCUGAACCCCUACAAGAAUGGAGCCGUUCAGAAGCAUGCUCAGCUGAAGGUUGUCAUCUGUAAGCACUGCUGCAAAUUUCUGUCUAGCGGUGAGAUUUCUAAGGACCAGGAUGGUGCAGAUGAACAGUGUCGUUGGUGUGGCGAGGGUGGCCGACUUCUUGUCUGCGACGACUGUAGUAGUGCAUUCUGCAAGUCUUGCGUCAUGCGAAAUUUCAGCAGAUCAGAAUUUAAUAACAUCAAUAGCCAAGAUAAUUGGCUCUGCUAUUUGUGUAACCCGAAGCCACUCAAGAGCUUGCAGGAGAAUUACAGAAAGAUUCGGGACACACUGAAGGCACUUCAGGAAAAACAGAAAGCUAAAAUAGCAUCAGCAGCUGCUUCUCCAGCCAGUACCACCUCGCCAUAUUCAAAGAAAAAUGUGGACUCUAAACAAAAUUCCAAAAAUGCCUUGAUUGCUUCUAACGCCAAGGGUAGAGGUGCAGGAGCCAACAGUGUCUUCUCUGAAGCUUCAGCAUCCAUGACACUGUUAAGUUCAGAAGAUUUGAAUGUGGGGCAUGAGCAUGUGGAUGCCACUAUAGAUAAGCUGACAACAGCAACAAACACAUUAAGGGAUGUGCUGCAAGCUUUGCGGUCACAGACUCUGUCCUCAGCGGCUGGGUCAGAGUAUACUGAGCAGAAGAAAAAACAGCAGGCCCGUGCUCUGAAUAAGAGUUUAGAAACUUUCUUGAAGUCAUUGAAAAGAAUCCUUACAGAAUCUGAUCUUGUAGUUGAAGAUGGUGAAGAGGACCAAGUACAGAAUGUGCCGCCUGCUAAAUCUACUUCCUCUUUGGCACCAAAGUCACAUUUACAUUCAAAGCCCUCUACCACUUCAGGUAGUCUGCCAAAGGAAACGAAUGCUACAAACAGAAGUUCUGACUCCAAGAAAUCAGUUUUGGUUCAGCAGAUAAGUACUGAGUCCAACGGGGGGUCAGACAAUAUAUUAGAUAUAACACAAGUAAUAGAUGGGGAUAUGCGCAGGUCUAGGAAUAAAGACACAGCAAAUUCUAUUGUAGUAAACAUGAACGGGGAUGUGACAAAGAAGAAGGGUUCUGUGAAUUCUGGUUCAGAUUCUUCAAAAGAAACCAAUGAUCAUAAAACAUCUUCAAAGAAUUCUUCUCGAAGUUCCAAAGACAGAACAAAAUGUGAUGAUGGAGAGUCCGCAGGUAAAAGGGAUACAGUUAAAAACAGUGAUAAGUCACAUUCUAAGAACAAUGUUUCAGAUAAAAAUGAAGCUAGUCAAAAUCAUUCUGAAAAGGAAACGUCUGAAAAAGUCGUUGAAAAAACAUUAGAAAAAGAGACAGUUUCAGAAAAGGGAGGUGAAGAUGAGGCUGAGAUAGACAGUGAUGCUUCAGUCGACUCCCCUGCGAAAGAGAAGGUAGUCUCCAGCACACCUGAUGAUGAAAACCUGGCUGCUAAAUUUGACUUGAUUAAAGAAAUUGCAGACGAAAUAACCAGAGACAACAAAGAACUUGAUCAGGAAAAUGAAGAUAAUGAAGGCAACGGUGAUAAUGAAGGCAACGAUGAAGAUGAUGAUGAUCUGCCCAUUAUGUUUGGAGAAGACCCCAAAUCUAAACCAGACAGUGAAACCAAAACCGGUAAAAGAAAGAAAGCGCCAGAUUCGUCCUCAGAAGAAGACGCCAUUAAGACAGAAAAGAAAUCUAAAAAAGCAAACAGCUCAGAACGUAAAAAGCCCGCCAGUGAAACUAAUAAUAAAAAAGCUAAACAGGAGAAAAAGCCGAAUCAGGACUCUAAAGUCAGUGACUCUAGUUCGGAUCCUCUCUCAAGUGGGGAUGAUGAUACAGCUCUUAGUACCAGAAGAAAAACAAGGAAAGGUAAGGAAAAGCAGAAGACUGCAAGAAAGGAUGCCAAGACCGUUUCACCAAAACAGCCGGCUGCUAAAACCAAGCAGAGGUCUGAAAAGGAGGAAAAACCAUCUGAAAUGGAUGAAAUUGAUAAAGAAAUUGCCAAAUUGGCAAAGCGACCAACAAUGAGGAAGAGGAAAGCUGCAAAUGCUGAUGAAGGUGAAGAAAGUGCAGAGGAGAAAGAAGACACAAGCGACAAGGUGAAGGAGCAACCUCUGAAAAGAGCGAAGCCAGGACCUAAAAGCUUCAAGAAAGCCAUAGACUAUGAUGACUUGUCUUCAGAUGGACACGAAGGGAAAGACCACGAUGAUGAUGAAGUUGAUGAAGACGAAGACGAGUUGCCAGUGACCUUUUUUGGAAAUACAGAAGACGCUGAUGAACAGCAGGACUUUGAUGAAAAUGAGAUUGCAAAGAAAGGACUGCUGGAUGAUAUUGAAUCUGAGAAUGAUGACAAUGAGGAAGCUGAGGGUGAAUCGUCGAGCGAUGAAGAAUCAGGAAAGAAGAAAAUGGAGCCUGUAGAAGCAGAGAAACCCACAAAUGAAGGUGGAACCAGUUCUGAAAAAGAUGGAGACAGCACCAGUUCUGAAAAAGAUAAUGACAGUGAUGAAAAUAUUGGUAAACGAAAGAAAGUGCAUAGCAAGUUACUAGAUGCCAAGUUGUCCGACAGUGACUCAGAUAUUGUGUCAAAGAA